CAAAGGGCGAUGGAGAAAACAGCAGAGAGAGCCGCUGGUACACAACACCAGCGUACAAUACUUGGGACCCGUUGGGCUGCGCCUCGUGGGAUGACUUCCAGUGCUAUGACGGCCGGUGCAUACCCCGAUCCUGGGUCUGCGAUGGCUAUCAGGACUGUUCACAAGGCGAAGACGAGUAUUUACAAUAUUGCUCCUAUGCUCUGGCAACGGGGCAACCAUGGACACAGCCAAGCCAGACUACAGACUGGGGAUGGUGGGAAACAACAACACCAGGGGCGAAUGAAACCAACGCUACCUGCAACUUCGACCAUGGUGACUGCGGCUACAGCAAUAUUAAUGAGUCGUCAAGCGUUCAGUGGAUACGACGCAGCGGUUCCACACCUUCUUCUUCAACUGGCCCGAGCGGAGAUCACACGACAGGGCAUGGGUACUACAUGUACAUCGAGACUUCAUACGGGUACACGGGAGAUGUAGCCCGUCUUAUCAGCCCCACCGUCUACGACAGUGAUUGGUACUGUCUGCAGUUCGCCUACCACAUGUACGGGACUGACAUCAGGGAACUACGGGUACUGAUCGGGUCAAACCUCGUGUGGAGCCGGUCGUACAACCAAGGAAGUCGCUGGCAUCUGGCUUCCGUGCAAGUCUACAUACGCAACGAUCAGGUCGUGUUUGAAGGUGUUCGUGGUAGCGGCUUCAGAGGGGACAUCGCCAUUGACGACGUUGUCCUGAACCCUGGAGCCUGUCCAACAGAUGUGGAAACCACUACAGAAGAACCAACCCCCGGCUGGUGGGAACAAACCACAAAUUACUGGUGGGGAGCUUCGGCUACGCCAGACGCCGUCCCAUGUGGCGGGCACUUCUACCAAUCUUCCGGUGUCAUCGAGAGUCCGCACUACCCAAACAACUACUUUAACAACGCCAACUGCCAGUGGACCAUCACCGGGAGCCACGGAACUAGAGUGGGAAUCACAGUGGAGCGUUACAACCUGGAAUCCGGUUAUGACUACCUGAACAUUUACGAUGGUCGAUUCACCAGUUCGCCCAGACUUGCUCGCCUUAGUGGAACAGGAUCCUCGAGGUACUACUACAGCUCAUCCAACGAAGUUCUGAUCCACUUCACAAGCGAUGGAAGCGUAGUAAGGACCGGGUUCAGGAUUAGAUUUGGGGAAAUAAAUGGGACAAACACUCAAGAACCGACCACGGCCUGGAACGAUUGGUGGACGCCAGGUUACCAAACUGAUUAUUACCACAACUUCCAGGUCCGACUGAGGGGCGGUGACGGCUACAGCUACGGCAGAGUGGAGGUCUAUUACAACGGACAGUGGGGGACUGUCUGUAGUGACAACUUCAGCCGGCAAGAAGCCCGAGUCAUCUGCCGUGAGCUGGGAUUCUCAGACUACGACAACUACUACUACAGUGCGUACUUCGGACAGGGCAGCGGACCGAUAUGGAUGGACGACCUUGGCUGCUCUGGGUACGAGAGCUCCCUGCAGUACUGCCCACAUAACGGAUGGGGGAACCACAACUGUGGACACCACGAGGACGUCGCAGUCCGAUGCUGGCAAUACUCUACUCCAGCACCAUAUGCCGGAACUGACAACUACUGGCGCACCGAAGAACCGACCACGGCUCCCGACACUUGGUGGUGGACCACGGCCUGGAACAACUGGUGGACGCCAGGAAACAUCGAUCCUUAUAACAACUUCCAGGUCCGACUGAGGGGCGGAAACUACCACAGCUACGGCAGAGUGGAGGUCUACUACAACGGACAGUGGGGGACUGUCUGUGGCGAUGGUUUUGGCUGGCAGGAAGCCCGAGUCGUCUGCCGUGAGCUGGGAUACUCUACUGUUUACACCUACCACCACAACGCGUACUUCGGCCAGGGCAGCGGACCGAUAUGGAUGGACGACCUGAAUUGCACCGGGUCUGAGAGUUCCCUGCAGGACUGUCCACAUCGCGGCUGGGGGAGCCACAACUGUCACCAUCGGGAGGACAUCGGAGUAGUCUGUGGCUGGCAAUACUCUACUCCAGCACCAUAUGCCGGAACUGACAACUACUGGCGCACCGAAGAACCGACCACGGCUCCCGACACUUGGUGGUGGACCACGGCCUGGAACAACUGGUGGACGCCAGGAAACAUCGAUCCUUAUUACUACUUCCAGGUCCGACUGAGGGGCAACGGCAGUGACUACCACAGCUACGGCAGAGUGGAGGUCUACUACAACGGACAGUGGGGAACUGUCUGCGACGACACCUUCGGGUGGCAGGAAGCCCGAGUCAUCUGCCGUGAACUUGGAUUCUCCGACUACUCCAGCUACCACUACAACGCGUACUUCGGGCAGGGUAGCGGGCCGAUAUGGAUGGACAACCUGCACUGCACCGGGUACGAGAGUUCCCUGCAGUACUGCUCACAUAACGGUUGGGGAAGCCAUAACUGCGGACACUAUGAAGACGUCAGCGUGGUUUGUGCUAUCAAUAGCACUGCGUCUGCGCCACUAUGGUGGACAACGGAUUACUGGAAUGGUACAGGAAGCUGUUCAUCAGCAGGAUGCGGCGGCAAUGCAGGGGGCUGCUACUGUGACGCGGCGUGUGUAUCUGCUAGAGACUGCUGUUACGACUACGUGGAAGUAUGUGGUGGAGCCAACAACACUUAUCUUCCUACAGCCACCCCACCAUGGUACACAUCUCAACCUGGUCCCGUGCAGGUCGACGUCCUAUUGGUAAACGGCAACGGGUACAACACCGGUCUCGUGCUGGUGUUCUACAACGGCCAAUGGGGGUCGAUCUGCGACGACGGCUUCGACAUGGCGGACGCUGACGUCAUCUGUCGGCAGCUCGGCUUCACCGGUGCCGAGGCUUUCUACGAGGAGGCGUACUUCAACGAGGGACACGGACCGAUCUGGUUGGACGAACUCGCCUGCAACGGAGACGAGUCUAACCUGGCUGAAUGCGCUCACCAAGGAUGGGGCAUCCACAACUGUCAACACAAGGAAGACGUGGGACUAAAAUGUGCAGACUUUCAGAUUCGUCUUGCGGACGGAGAUUUCGAUCACGGCCGACUGGAGGUGUACCACGCGGGUCAGUGGGGUACCGUGUGCGACGACAAAUUCGGGCUGAUGGAGGCUAAUGUAGCGUGCCACCGGUGACAGACAGCGUUUAC